ACUUUGGGGAAAAACAGCUUUUACAAAAUCCCUCGACACUCUUAACACUCAUUCAAUAAAUUUAUCACGAGUUGGCUUCAUUCUGCCACAUUACCAUCAUUUAUAGUGUCAAGAGCGGAUUUGAUUUUUUUUUUUUAGAAAAAAAAAUUGAAGGUAUCUGUUUCGUUACAGUACUUAAAUAAGCAGCACGUGAGAUAUUUUUUCGGUGCUUUUUGAAAGAACUGCGAUCCUACGAAAUUUGUUAUUUCGGUCUACACUCCCCGACCGACAUCGUAAAGACAUCGCAAACCACGCAGAGGUGUUUUGUUUUUUUCUCUGCCAAACCUCAACGGUUAAACGUCCGGACUCGAGGGAUAAAAACAAAACCCCCCAUAUUAGUUGCCUCGAGUCUAGGUAUUUUUUGAAAAGGAGGUUUCAUUCUUUUCAAUUCCCUUUCGCACCAAUCUGGUUCAAUUAUUGGGAUCGUCCGUCAGCCAUGAAGGUCUUCUCUAACACCCAUACCUUCAACUACUCCUGGGAAGAGGUAUCUACCGCCAACUGGCGGAAAUACUGCCCUUGGAACGACAAGUCUACCCACGUUAUAGCUGUCGAUACCCUCGCUCGAGAAGUCGACCCCGCGACCGGCAUAUUACGAACCGAGCGUCUCAUCACCUGCAAGCAAUCAGCGCCGGAAUGGCUGAAAUCCAUCAUCGGCCGCAUGGAGACGAGCCAGGUCUUCGAGACGUCCUACGUCGAUCCUGCCGCAAAGACCGUCACCAUGGUAUCGCAAAACAUCACGUGGGCAAAUAUGGUCAACGUUCAAGAGACGGUGGUCUAUCGCCCAUUAGACGCCCACAGGACUCAGUUCGAGCAGGACGCGCGGAUAACGGCAUUAUGCGGCGGCUGGCAGAGGAUUAAGAGUAGCAUCGAAGAUACUUUAGUCACCCGAUUCCGAGAAAACGCGAUGAAGGGUAAAGAGGGCUUCGAAUGCGUUCUUGCCAUGAGCCGACGAGUAUUUGCCGAGGAGCGGGAGAAGGAACGGUUACGAAUCGAGGGCAAGAUGGCAGCGUAGGUACAAGGAAUCGGCAUUUCUACAUUCCGUUCUUGAAUCCAUUUAUAUAUUAAAAAUCACGACCACGACGUCUGCCAUAAGCCAUACGACGAGUGGGGGUAGACCACGACAUACCGACACCAACAAAUGCAUUUCCGGAGUCAACGAGAGGAAGAAAAAAUAAAACGGGGUUUGGUGUGAAUUGAAUUGAAUUGAGUUGAAAUUUUUAUUGUUUUCUUCGCGAGAGAGCAAAAAGAAAAGCACGGCGUUUCGGCAUACCCAUUCAAACAACUGUGUUAUAUAGAAAAGGGGAAUAUUUAUUAGACUCGGCUACGUUCUGGUACAUAGGCCCGUAAGUCUCCCCAUAGGUAUUAUUUAUUGUUUUUUUUUUAUCUCGCCCGCGACGGACGAACGAGCGGGAGCAGCGGGAUGGUUAGACUUGUAUAGAUAUAUACCUAUUAUAGAUAUAACUCUACUUAGAGCAAGGGAUAAUACUCACUCUUCUCAUACUCU